UGCGAACAGGGGGGGGGUCGUUGACGUGAGAUCUUCUAGACUGAAGCUCUUUCUCUAAAUGUAGAAACUUGGAAAUAGUUCUUCUUCUUCUUGGUUGUAAUCAUCCUGCUCAUCCACUGGUCGUCCGCCAUUCUUUAUUAGCUCUUUACUUUUAGCAAGUACACUGUAUAUGUAGAGUAUCUAUGUAUAUGUAGCUUUUGCGUGGAACAUUAAGUGACAAACACGUCGUAAGACCACGUCCUCCUAACAUCACACCAAGAAAAAAAUGGCCACCAGUGACAAAUAUGAUCGUCAAGUGCGUUUGUGGGGCACGAGUGGGCAAGCGGAGGUCGCGAAGGGCCAUGUUUUGUGUCUAGGGGGUUCUGCGGUAUUAUCUGAAGCCGCGAAAAAUGUAAUUUUACCAGGUGUCGGCAAGGUUACUAUCGUGGACGACCAAAAGGUCACCGCUGUGGAUCUGCGAACGAAUUUCUUUGUGGUGGAGAAACAGCAACAGGAUACCAGCAUUCUAGGCACUUCGCGGGCAGAAGCGGUGAGGGAAAGCCUUCAGACCUUGAAUCCAGAUUCAAGCGUCGUUGGAGUUGACGUCGGCAAAAAUGGUGGAACCACAAGCGAUUGGCUAGAAAGUGAAGCGAGCAGAGUAUAUUUGUCCAAGGCUGAUGCUUCUCUCAUUCUCGUUGAUGAGCAGCAUGUGCCGAUUGAGAAAGUGCGACGUGCCUUAGAGCGCUUAUCUUCGCCGCCAGUGGUGGUGCGGUGUCUCUCACGAGGUUUCGUAGGAUGGGUCAGACUAGAGCAGGUGGCUUCUACGACUAGCGGAAGCGCAAGCACAGCUUCUUCUUCGUCUGGUAGUAGGCCCCAUAUAGUCAUGGACUCGAAACCAGAGGGGCAGGCGUUUGUGCGGCACCAGCUGCGUUUAUCAAAGCCGUUUGGUGCUUUGCAGAAGUAUGCUUUUGAAGGAGCGUUUUCCGAUGUAGAAUUCGCUGGAGUAAAAGACUCGGCAGAGCAUGCGCACAUCCCCUAUCCUUAAGGCCAGUCGAUCACUAUCUGGUGCUGUGAUCUAGUAUCCUGAGAGGAAAAUUCCCGCUUACUGGAGUCAUCAAGGGGAAAGAACUAGGAGUCCUUAAACAAAGAAGGCAACAAGUCACUCAGCAAUGGAUAGUGAUUGGGGUCUUGGCGCUAAUGGUCAAUUAUCUUGCUGCAUGCCCGCAAACUCUAUUCCGAGGGACAGGGUGGGUCUUCUUUGCGAACGCGUGAGGAAAAAGAGGCUUUUAAAAAGUGCAUUCUGAGACUAAGGAGGAGUCCGGAUGAGCAAAACUUUCAGGAAGCGCUGGACGUAGCUUAUCUGAUGUACGACACGCCUGCGAGUAGCGCUGUCGUGCCGGAGGAUACUCGGGAAGCUCUGGAAGCCCUCGCUGUUGAAAGACUAUGAUGAAGGGCGACUCUUGUUAUUAGAAACUUGGUAAUGGUAGUUAUAUCUUCUAGCAGCCAGGAAUGCGUAGAAGUAGUAUGACCCAUAGUAAUCUUCUAAUCCUAAGAAACGGCACCAAAGACGACGCAGACUUGCGACUAGCUGCCCAGGCCGUGAUGAAGUUCUGUGAGGAAAAAGGCGCUUUGCCCUUACCAGGCUCUCUACCUGACAUGACGAGUACGACAGAGGGCUACAUUGCUUUGCAAGAGCUUUAUAGGCGGCAAGCGGAAGCAGAAAUCGAUGAGAUUGCGAAGGCAGAGCAGACAACUAUUUCUCCUUCAGACAACAACAGCAAUUCUUCCUCGGAAAAUUUGAAGACUAAUGUGGGCAACCUUUGUCGCAGCGCGUUCGCGUUGAGAUGCGUCGAUCUACGACAGGAAACUACUCCCGCCCUAGUAGGUCGUGGCACAACAACUACUUCAUCCGCUGACCAAGCGCAUAGACAAGACCUCGCGGAAGACUGCGUCCCGAUGGAGGUAGAAACUUCAACUACAACGAUGUCGAAGAUAACGAGACUUCUGCCGGAAGAGCUACGCGCAGAGCUAGAAUGCAUGGAGAGUCAAGAGGAGGUCGACGAAUCCAUGCUGCCUUGGUUCUUAGGGAUCGCGAAAGUGGUGGAAGAGGAGCAGCAGCUAUCUUGUGGGCGAGGAACAGCAACAGGUGGAGGACAAGGCGCACCUUAUGAGACGGAGGCGUGAUAGUUUAAGUCUAAGACUUUCUUGAACUUGAUGAGGAUGAUCGGUGUCGUUCUUGCUAAGGCUUAGGCAUUCUAGGUGAGCAACAACGAAAUGGUGCAACGUGAGAACUGUAAGAAAUAAGGGCAAAUGAAUACUGUAGAAAAUAAUAAGUAGUAUUUACUAUAAAUGACAAUGAAGAAAGAUCUUUCUAUCUCUAAAAACAUCAAAUCAAGGACGAGGAGCUGUCGCCUGUUGUACUGGAAGCGAUUCGUAAAGCGACGAUGGAGGUCCGACGGUGCCCUGGUCAAGUACAUCCGACUUCGGCUCUCAUCUUAAGACUUUGCUCUUCGGUAGAAGAGAUGACAGCUGAGGAGAUCGAAGAGAGAAGCUUUUUUGUGUCAAGAGAUCGAUACCCUUGUGACUCUGCUUCUAACAUUGGCUCUGCUUCUAACGUUGACGCUGCUUCUAACGUUGAUUCUCAAGUCUCUACAUGUAGGUCUCGAUCUGUGACGCAUUUCCAUGAUCCUUCCCAUCGUAAAGAAUACGAAUUCAGCCUGAGGCUAGGUAUUCGAGUAAGUAGUGGGGAGGGCGGCGUCAUCUGUCUUCAUCUCUGACGUAGUUCUAAUCGUAGGCGGCAUCGCAGCCCAGGAAGCCAUAAAGCUGAUAACACGCACCUAUGUCCCUUUAGACAACACACUCGUGUACAGUGGAGUCGUGGAUAGGAGCGAAGUCUUCAAGAUAUAAGGCUACCUUUUGGUGGGAGGUUAUAACGAAGAGCUCUUCAGUAGCCGCCGAAUUCUGCCACAUCGGAUGGUAGAUCCCAACCUAACCUAACCUCCACCAAGAAAAUAUGACACACAUCGAUCGCACAGAAAGGCAUGCAGAGAAAGGCGAAGUGGUCUCACGAUACUCAGCACUUACUUCGUAUUUAGUACAUGGCACACGUUCAAUUCAUGAUUUCAAUUUGCUCUGAUUGAGCAUUUUGAAGUUUUUCACAAGUAGUAGAUGAAAACAGCAACAGGGAGCAGCUACUACAACAUCAGAGAUGUCCGUUAGAACUACCAAAUCAACGUCGCCCGACCCACAUCCGUUAGAUGAACUACUAAAUCAACGUCGCCCGACCCACAUAUAACGAGCAAUAAACAAGAUACUUUUAUUGUCCUGGCAAGAACAUUCAACCCUUCAGGGACCUACAUCAAGGAUGAACCAACAUCAGGGUCGCGCCAUUAAUGGAAGAGCUAAAAAAAAAAGAAUGAUACCCAGAGUCCGUG